AAUAAAACCAUUUUAACUGGGUGUUCGGAUUUAUAUGUUACUUAGUAUGUUAUUAUCAACGGCGCACAGUGGGGUAUAAUACCUCAAAAGUUGGUAUUAAUUAAAAAAAUCAAGUGCUGCAGUCAUGUUCGCUCUGUUGACAGUUAUAUUACUGACAUUCCAGCGCAUACUGCAACGAAAUAUUGUGGAUGUGGUGAAUCAUUUUCAGAUUUCAAAUGUUUCAGAUGGACAUGUCAGCUGCAAGAGCUGGUCGUACCAAAUACUUAAAAACAUCCCAAAGGAGGCUUUGGAACUCUUAGAGAUUCCGAUGGUUGCUGAGUAUCAAAGAAAAAAGAAGACGAUGAUGGCGAUGAAAACGAAGAAUCAUUAUUGGCAUAUUCUGUUAAUGAUUUAUGCUGAUAUGUUUUGUUUCACAAAACAAAUAAAUUAUUAUUAGACUUUUUAUGUUUUAUGUCUUUACUUUCACGUUAUAAAUAGUCAACUCACGUUCUCUUUUUAUUGCCACGACAUUCUAGCGAGGAAGCUCAGUAGGCCCCAAGAUAACUAUGAAU